UCUUUCAACUCUGAGCUGCAAGUUCCUUGGCAUAGAGAGGAGGGAUAUGGGUAGCACUAGCAGAGAAAUCAAGUCGCCUGAAGAUCUGCUAGAGACGCCAGCUAGUUUGGAAUUGGAUGGAAAGUCCAGGAAGAAACUGGGAGUGUUCUUUAUCGAGUCCGAUAACAGGAGAACGGCUUUCGGGCGUGGUUAUACCGGGGGAACAACGCCUGUUAAUAUCCAUGGGAAUCCUAUAGCAGAUCUUUCAAAGACUGGUGGCUGGAUUGCUGCCUUCUUUAUUUUUGGGAAUGAGAUGGCCGAAAGAAUGGCUUAUUUUGGCCUAUCAGUGAACAUGGUGGCCUUUAUGUUCUAUGUUAUGCAUAGGCCCUUCUCAAGUUCUUCGAAUGCAGUUAACAACUUCUUGGGGAUAUCUCAAGCAUCCUCUGUCCUUGGUGGUUUUCUUGCCGAUGCUUAUCUCGGUCGAUAUUGGACGAUAGCCAUAUUCACCACCAUCUAUCUUGCGGGUUUGAUAGGGAUAACUUUAUGUGCAUCGAUGAAGAUUUUCGUGCCGAAUCAAGACCAAUGCGAUCAACUGUCCCUGCUUUUGGGUAGUUGCGAGCCUGCAAAACCAUGGCAGAUGCUUUAUCUCUAUACAGUCCUUUAUAUAACUGCUUUCGGAGCCGCGGGUAUAAGGCCCUGCGUUUCUUCUUUCGGGGCUGAUCAGUUUGAUGAAAGAAGUAAAGAUUAUAAGACCCUCCUGGAUAGAUUUUUCAACUUCUUUUACCUCUGUGUUACUAUUGGGGCAAUUGUAGCAUUCACUCUGGUAGUGUACAUUCAGAUGGAGCGUGGAUGGGGAGCUGCCUUCGGUUCAUUAGCUAUAGCUAUGGGAAUGUCCAACAUGAUAUUCUUUGCAGGUACUCCUUUAUACAGGCACAGGUUGCCCGGAGGCAGUCCCCUGACCCGAGUUGCACAGGUGCUGGUUGCUGCCUUCAAGAAACGACAUGUCCCUUUUACAAGAAGCGAGUUAGUCGGCCUCUAUGAGCUCCCUGGAAGACAAUCUGCUAUAAAGGGAAGUGGAAAAAUACCUCAUACAGAUGAUUUCAGAUGCUUGGACAAGGCAGCUCUCCAGUUGAAAGAAGACGGUGACGAUCCGAGUCCCUGGAGGCUUUGCACAGUGACUCAAGUAGAGGAAGUGAAGAUACUCAUUAAACUUAUUCCGAUACCGGCUUGCACGAUAAUGCUCAAUGCUAUCUUAACAGAAUUUUUAACACUCUCAAUACAACAGGCAUAUACGUUGAAUACUCACAUGGGUAAACUGAAACUCCCAAUAACAUGCAUGCCUGUAUUUCCUGGCCUCAGCAUAUUUCUCAUACUGUGUCUCUAUUACUCCGUAUUUGUUCCUAUAUCACGACGCAUCACCGGUCAUCCACAUGGUGCUUCUCAGCUCCAGAGAGUAGGCAUUGGUCUGUUUAUUUCCAUUUUAUCCGUGGCCUGGGCCGGAGCUUUCGAAAGGUUUCGAAGAGGCUAUGCUAUAAGACAUGGCUACGAAUUUAGUUUCCUAACGCCCAUGCCUGAUCUAAGUGCAUACUGGUUGUUGAUCCCAUACUGCCUUAUUGGUAUAGCUGAAGUGUUUUCGAUAGUCGGCCUACUGGAAUUCCUCUACGAAGAAGCUCCGGAUGCGAUGAAGAGUAUAGGCUCCGCGUAUGCUGCUCUAUCCGGCGGUUUGGGUUGUUUCGUUGCCAGUAUAAUCAACAGUAUCAUCAAAUCGGCUACAAGGAAUCCGGAGAAUAAGCAGUUAUCUUGGCUAUCUCAGAAUAUAAACCAAGCAAAAUUCGAUUACUUUUACUGGCUGCUUACAGUUCUUUCUAUAAUCAAUUUCUGCAUUUUCCUGUAUUCAGCACAUAGGUACAAGUACAGACAGAGCAGAACUUUGAGGUCAGGAAAACCAAACAAAACAUCCCUUCUGAGGAUAGCUAAAUAAGGAUCUAAAAUUUAUGUUCUUUUUUCGGGUUUGCGAAUGGGGCAAAUGCUCUAAACCGAGUUCCACAAGUUUCAGAUUCAUGUCAAUUACUUCUUGUAUUUUUAUGCAUUCUCUAUGCCCAUUAUGUUACAC